GCAGCGCGCAGGCGCGGGGCGGUCCGCCAUGGCGGCCGAGCCAGAGGCCUUCCUGGUACCGCCGCCUCCUUCUUCAUCUUCCACCACUGGCGGCGUCCGGGAGGAGGAAGAAGCUUCCCCCGCCGCCGAGGCUCCGCGGCCACGUAACGGUUUUCGGUCGGCGGGAGGAGGGAAACGUCGUAGCAGCUGCGGGGCCAAGCAACCGGCGUGGAAACGGCGUCGCCGGGCGGCCUCGGAGUGCGGCCCGGUGCUUCCCUCCGAGUUCCUGCUGGGUGGAAACAUCUUCGACCCCUUAAACCUCAACAGUCUGCUGGACGAGGAGGUGAGCCGGGCCCUCAACGCCCGCACCCCGCAAUCCUCCCCCCUUCCCGCCCGCGGCCGCGACCCUGUCGAGAUCCUGGUCCCUCGCGACAUCACCGACCCCCUCAGCCUCAACGCCCCAGGUGAGGGGCUGCGUUUAGCUUCCCCCGCCAAAACCGCUCGUCGCCGCCACCGUCACCGCGGCCAGCAGCGAGCCGCCGCCGCCGUCACCGCUACCGCCACUGAUGAGGCUGCCUGCCCUCAUGUCCUCCCUGCCGCCACCACCGCCGCCACCCCGCCGCCAUGUGCCACCGCCUGCCCCGCCACCGGCCGCCAUCGGAAACGUCGACGGACUUGCAGUAAAUCGGAAGGAACCCGUCCCCCUCCGGAAAAACCCAAACCCCCCGGAAAAGUUUCCCAGCAGCAACGUCAACGUCGCCAAGUUCAGAAAUUCCAAUACGGCAAUUACUGCAAAUAUUAUGGUUACCGGAACCCCGACUGCGAGGACGGGCGGCUGCGAGCCAUGCGCCCCGAGUGGUUUGCGGGGAAGGAGGUGUUGGACGUGGGGUGCAACGUGGGACAUCUCACCCUCAGCAUCGCCAAACGUUGGGGACCCGCCCGGGUGGUGGGGUUGGACAUUGAUGGGGGGUUGAUCCGUUCGGCCCGGCAGAAUAUCCGGCAUUAUCUGUCGGAGGAGAUUCAAGCGGAAGCGGCUGGAGUAGGAGGGGGGAACAGCGGAGGGGGGGCACGGAAGGGUUUUCCCGCUGCUCUCCUGGCCAGUCGGGGUCCCAUCGCCGCCCCCCGCCUGCCCCCCGACGGGCCCGGGGCCGCCGAUUUCCCUCACAAUGUCGUCUUCGUCACGGGGUGGAAACACAGCCCCACCAUUUGCCAUGGACUGAUCCAGACUGCACUAGAAAAAGGUGAAGCUCCAGAGCCCCUGCAAUAUAUUGAUGACAUCAUCAUACGGGACAACACGGCAGAAGAAGUUUUUGAGAAAAGGAAGAAAAUAGUCCAAAUCUUUUUGAAGGCUGGUUUUGCCAUAAAAGAAAAUAUCGCUGUUCGGAUAGAGAAGCUAGUGGUAAAAGUACGUCACGUAGAUGCUCAUGUACCCAAGAGUCAGGCCACUGAAGAAGAUCAAAGCAACCAGCAGGCAGAUCAGGCCACCAAGAUUAAAGUGUCUCAGGUGGACCUGGACUGGCAUCAUAAGGGUGAGCUAUUUAUGGCUCGGUGGGCCCAUGAUACUUCAGGCCAUCAGGGAAGAGAUGCAACAUAUAGAUGGGCUCGAGAUCGAGGGGUGGACUUGACCAUGGACACUAUCGCACAGGUCAUCCACGAAUGUGAAACAUGUGCCGCAAUUAAGCAAGCCAGCGGCUAA